AUGGAGACACCAUACACUUGCCGACAAACGCUGAAAACACCUGCACCGAUUUCAUGUCUUGCCGAAGGAUCACCGGAUCAUUUCUUUGCAGGUUCAGAUGACGGAUCUGUUCGCGUAUAUAAUCAAGAGACUUUGAAGGUCGUGAAGGCUAUCAGAAGUUUAGGAGAAGUGUCAUCCGUUGUAUGCAUGUCGCACAAUGCAGGUGGCCUCGGGGACAUAUGGGUCGCGUCCAAUCGUCAUGCUCUACGGUUUACUAUGGACACGGAGAAGAUGAUCCUUGCGAAGGCUGACGCGACCUUGAUGUUGGAACUUGGUGCCGACGACGACGACAUGGUGAACGAGCUCUCGCUCAACCAAAAAAACAGUCAACUGGCAUUUUGUCUGGACUCUGGCACAGUCGGUGUCGUCGAUCUUUCUACGAAACAAAUAUCACGCCUGAAAACAAGUCACGACAAUAUAUGUGGAACUGUGAAGUUCAUUCCCGAUCGUCCCAGUGAACUUGUUAGCGGUGGAUACGACUCUAGGCUGUUGCAUCACGAUUUUCACCAAAGGACUGUAUUGUCGCGAUUCGAUAUAGGGACGUCUCCUCUGCCCGAGUCUUCAGGUGUUUCAAUGUCUCCGCCAUUCAUAUUGUCGUCUGCCAUGUCACCAUCUGGGAUCUUGGCUACGGGAACCGCUGACGGACGGGUAUGGAUUGGCACCGGCGGGGAGAAAAUGUCAGGAGUGUCAUUUGGGACGUCUAUGAAAAAGAAACGGCGGAAGUGGGAAGGAUUGAAGCAAGAUGAAGGCUUCACGGCGGAUGUCGGACAUGGCCCUAUCACUGCUCUGACAUUCAUCGGGCCUCGCACACUUUUCACGUCCACAUUGAUGGGAAAAGUGACCCUUCAUGAAAUCGGUGGCCCAACUGCGGAUGGGAAGUUGGAUAUAUUUCCAAAGUGGACGAAGGCAACAACUGAUGUGAGCAAGGUUAAUGCGAUCGUUGCCACAGGGGACUUGGUUAUCAUCGGUGGGCUGAGUGAGAAGGGAGGAGGCAUGAUAGAGGUUUGGGAGAAGGGAUUAAAGUCGGGUGAUGUAUGAAUGCUUUGCUGAGUUAGUCAGGUAGGCUCACUGUCGACUUACUGUUGUCUGUAUAUUACUAUGUAGGCGCCACCGCAGCGCUGUCAGACUGCGCUGUCUCCAGGCGCUAACGGGCACUUCUUGCACGUGACUGUCACAUGAUUACGACACGCGACGCGAUGUCACAGAAAUCUUUCAAUCAAUAGCCCUCAACCGAGAAUACCCUAUCAAUGUCUCGCGUUCUCAACCUGUGCUUGAACCCUUUAAUGCAGCAAGUCAAUCAGGAAGAAAAGCAAAAAAUUCUGCUACCUCACCCACAGCACGACAGCCUGUCAAGGGGAUAUAAGGGGCGUCGUAAAUUUGUCGCGAAUGACUAUCUCCCUAAUCCUUCGCAUUUUGGAAGCUGCUGCUAAGGAAUCUUCAGUGGUUUACUG